UGCGCUUCCCUCCGCUUCCCUGCGCCUGCUGCUGCUGCUGCUGCUGCGGGAGCCGGGCCGGGCCCGCUGCACCGAGCGGUUCCCAGCAGUGUGCCAUGGGCCCUCCCCAGCUCAGCCUCAGGAUGCUGGUAUAGCAGCAGGUGGCUGCCAUCCAGAGGACCUGUGGUGGGCCAUCCCUCCCCCUGGGACAUCCUCCUGCUCCCCUCCCUGGGCACAAGCCAUGGAUGCCCACGUGGACCUGCUGACCGAGCUGCAGCUGCUGGACAAGGUGCCCACGCUGGAGAGGCUGCGGGCAGCCCAGAAAAGGAGGGCUCAGCAGCUGAAGAAAUGGGCCCAGUAUGAGAAGGAGAUGCAGCACAAGAAGAGGAAGCACGAAAAGAAGAGGAAUGCUGUGAACAGGAAGAAAGUGUCUUUUGAAGCCAGCGUUGCUCUGCUGGAGGCUUCUCUGAGGAAUGAUGUGGAGGAAGUGUGCUACCUGCUGAAGAGCAACAUCAGCCCGGACCUGUGCAACGAGGAUGGACUGACUGCGCUGCACCAGUGCUGCAUAGACAACUAUGAGGACAUAGUCAAGCUCCUCCUCAACCACGGGGCCAAUGUCAAUGCCAAGGACAAUGAGCUCUGGACCCCUCUGCAUGCAGCAGCCACUUGUGGUCACAUCAACCUGGUGAAGAUCCUCAUCCAGCAUGGAGCAGACCUGUUGGCAGUCAAUGCAGAUGGCAACAUGCCAUAUGACCUCUGUGAAGAUGAGCCAACCCUGGAUGUCAUUGAGACUUGCAUGGCCUAUCAAGGGAUUACCCAGGAAAGGAUCAAUGAGAUGCGAGCUGCUCCGGAGCAGGUCAUGAUCUGUGACAUUCAUGACAUACUUGCCACUGGACAAGACCUGAACAGGACUGAUGCCCAAGGUGCUACGCUGCUGCAUAUAGCUGCAGCCAAUGGUUACCUGCAUGCAGCUGAAGUGCUUCUUGACCAGGGGGCAAGCCUGGAUGUUAAGGACUGGGAUGGCUGGGAACCUCUGCACGCUGCUGCUUUCUGGGGUCAGAUGCAGAUGGCUGAAUUGCUUGUGUCCCAUGGGGCUAGUUUGAGUGCCAGGACAUCUUUGGAUGAGAUGCCAAUAGAUCUGUGUGAAGAGGAGGAAUUCAAAGUGCUGCUUCUGGAGCUGAAGCACAAACACGAUGUGAUCAUGAAGUCUCAGAUGAGGCACAAAUCCUCGCUGAGCCGCAGGACCUCCAGCACGGGCAGCCGGGGGAAGGUGGUGAGGAGGGCCAGCCUUUCGGACCGGACAAACCUUUACAGGAAGGAGUGUGAGAAGGAGGCCAUGGUCUGGCAGCAGCUGGGGGCAGCAGAAGAAGGGAGAAACUCGGGUCUCAUUGGAGAAAUUGGGGAGACUCGGACUGACCAGGAGAAUACAGACCCUAAUUCAGUGCUGGAGAACUCCUCCCUCCUCCCGGAGCUAGCGAACAAAAGCACCCAGUGUGACACCGAGAUGCCGCUGCAGAACGGACUGAUGGCCUCUGCCAGCCCUUACCAGUACAGCUUUUCCAACGGGGACAUUUGGAGCAUGCACGCUGACCCUGACAGUAACCCCGGGCACGUGCUGCCCUACAGCAGCCCCGGGCUGCCCGAGGCCCCGCAGUUCUGGGGCACCUACAAGGAGCACAACCACCAGACGCUGUCGGAACUGAAGCGGCAGCGAGCUGCGGCCAAGCUGCUGCAGCACCCCUUCCUCAGCACCCACUUCAGCACUGGCAUGGCAGGAGUUGCUGACAACGUGGGCGAGGCCAAGUCGCACUUAAUCGAAUCCAGGACUUCUCCCUACAGCUCCAAUGGGACCUCAGUGUAUUACACAGUGUCCAGUGGUGAUCCGCCCCUCUUGAAAUUCAAAGCUCCCAUGGAGGAAAUGGAAGAGAAGGUGCACGGGUGCUGCAGGAUUUCCUAGUCUGGUCUGUGUCUCACCCCAGAGGAAAUGAGACGUGGGUGGGCUGGUUGGAUCUAUCACAGUGGCCAGGUUGUUUGCAUUCCAAAGGGAGAAUUUGGUUAUGGACAUCCUGACUGUGGCAGCCUUGUUCAUCUCAAAUUGUACUUUACCCUGCCAAUCACUUCCACUGCAGCUGGAUGAGUAAUGCAGGUGGAGCAAGGCUCUUGGGAGAGGAAGGGAUGCACAUCAACACGAUGUCAAACGAGUCUCCUUAGUCUUGCUCCCUGGGGAAGAAGGUAUGGUGUGCUGCCUCCCCAUCCUUGGGAAGUCAUGAGCUGCCUUGGAACAAAGAAAGGAUCUGAAUUCAAAUCUUUGUGUCUGAGCCUCUUGCUGUAAGUCACCGAGCAACUGGAAGGUGACAGUUCAGAGCUGUGUUUUCACUCAGGUGAUGCACACAUCCUGGAGGGGAGAUCAGAGUGCAAGAGUGGACUGAGCUGUUUCCCACACAGCUGGAUCCAGCACUUCCUGGGCUGGAGCAACAAGCAAGCACAGGUGCUGCUCUUAGGAAGUUUGCAAGGUGUUACCUCCUUGCAGUGACAGCUCACCAUCACAGACUGUGCGCUGGCUGGGUCCUGUUCUGCUCGUGUCACCUUGUCACUGCAGACUGCCAUCAGGUUUGAAGCAGAACUUUUCCUGGAACAGGCUUCACUCUAUAGGCUUUAAAACUGAUGUUGCAAUAAAGGGGCCCUGGCAAUAGAAUUUUACUGCAAUAAAAUACUGACAAAGGUCUAUAUUGGGAUAAGUAAUUUAAAAAAAAACUUAUUUGUACUAUUUAGACUCUUAAUUUGUUAAAACUGAAAAGACUUUUGUUGAUCUCACUUUCCUACUGAUUCUGUUUGUUUACUCUGUAUGCUCAACACAGAUACUAGGGGCAAUAUGCUUUGUGUUCUGAUUUUUUCUGGAUUUCCAGAACGACAGGGCUCAGGAGGGAUGGGAAGGAAAGGCUUGCCAACACUAACUAGGAGCACCAUGAAAGCAUUUCUAAUCCCGUACAUGUGACGGCACGUGCAUUAACCUGCAGUCUUUGGCUGAGAAAUAACUUGAACCAUUGCUGUGGUAGUUGAACACUGCAGCAGGACAGGAGAUGUUUUGUUCUGUUUCCCAGCUCCCUUGCUGAAGCUGUCAGCAGUGGUAGCAGCUGGCAGAGGAAUGUUUAAAUGCCUGUGUGUCUGUGGGAGUUGCCUGACACCAUCAGUACUUAACAAAGCCUCUCUGCUGUGCAGCAGCUGCAGCUCCAACGCUGUCUCGGUGUAGUUCAUGUGAGCUGUGACAGCCCACCUGGCCAGCACUGUCACCUGAGGGUAACCUGGGGGUGUGGUGCAGGCUUUGCAGCAAGUUCAGGCUUUGUGCACCUGGGGGAGGUGAGAGUGUGGGACAGCUCUGAGGAGCUGGCCUCACUUCAGUUGUUUCUAAGGAGUAACUGUAAACUUUAACUCCUCUGCGCAGAGGGGCUGUCACACACGUAACUGUUUGCCUGCAUGAAUAUGUGUCUUCUUGGGCAGCUUAAAUUCCAAACUCUGAAGACAGAUAACCUGUUUGGGUCUCUGUAAGCCAUCAGUGGAUUCAAUCCAGCUCAUGUAGUUGUGCUUCAGCCAAGCUACAGCAAAUGCAGCUUCCACCCAUCUUCCUUUUACCUGGCACCUGUUAGACAUCAAUAUUCCCCUUCACAUGUACUCUUCCUCUGUGGGGAUCCUCACAGCCUUAACUUUUUUCUAGGCUAUAACAAGUUGACUGAGGCUGCCAGUGACUGUUAAGUGCUACCCUCUGCCCCCCAUCAAAUCCACCUGUUGCUGGGGCUGGAUACAUUCCCAUACAGGGCUGACAACUUAAUGGUUUGAAUUGUAUGAAGAUAGAAUUCUCUUUACUCACCAGUUUUAGGUGCAAACUGGGAAGUGGUAGCAGUUGAUCUGGUUCACUUAAAACCCCAGUUCUGCUAAAGGCAGAGUUUGAAGCAUGCAGAGAAGUGGGGCUCUCUCCAUUUUUUAACAUAUCCUAAUUAUAGGACUAGAAAAUACUUCUUAUGCUUGACCUUAAGGGAUUUUUAAAGUCAUUCUCUAACAGUAAGAGGAUGAUUUGGUAACUGGAAAGACUUUACUGCAUCUGUGUGUGGUUAACAGUGGAUCUUGUGAUUACCUUAAGUAAAUUAGUCUGGGAUAACACCAAGUGUGGCCUGGCUAUUACAGAGCAGAGGAGAUGAUAUUUCAGGUGCCUCUCUCCUCCCCUGAUGGUGAGGUUUGUCUCUUCACACCCAUCCUAAUGAGUUUUCUGAACUCACUCUAACAAAUUUUGGUGCCGCUAUCUACUAGGUUGUAUAUGGUGCAAAAAUUUGGGCCCAGAUGUUGCCUUCCCUCCCAGCAAAGGAGGAGUAGGGCCCUCUUCCUUCUCAGAGCAACUUUGUGCUAGCAAGUGUCUUGAACCCUGCCUAAUUCCAAGGAAAUGAAAAAGAGAUCACUGAAUGCAAUAGUUUAAGUAGUUUGAGGCUUGCUUUCACUGAGAGCUGUUAAUACAUCAAAACUGCAGGAAACCAGUCCGUUUUAGACAAACAGCUCUUUGGCUUCCAUUGGUAUUUCACAUUUGUAAAACUCUGGGAACUUGUCAUCCUGGCUGUGAAGUCUAGUGGUGUCUGAUCAAAUGUAAUCCAUUCUUAAUCAGACAGGAAAGUUAUUAAUGGUUAAGAGGCAGUAAUGGAUAAAUCUUGCAGAAUGUGUUUCACACCCCUGCCAGUUAUUUACCUACCACUGGCCUUGGGCUGAAGUUGCACCAGGGUGUGAGCUGGAAGGCUGUUGAAGAAUGGCCUGGAAUGGGUUCAUGCUUCUGUGUGGUGACAUUUGGUAUGUAAUGGUCACUGCUUGUGGAGCACUGGCAGAGCUGUUGGCUGUAGGUCUGGGAUCAGGAAUUCUGUAAGGUGGAUAGUUAACCUGCUGCUGGUGAACUGUUUUGUGAAGAAAAACAGGCUUUUGGGGGAAUAAAAAAAACAUAGAUUCUCUUACACAGGCAUUGUAGCAGCCUACCUCUAGGAAUAACACUUUUCACUGUAAAAUUUGGCAGUGUUACAACAAUAGUGGGGUUUUGAUAUCUGUGUGUUUUAAAUGCCAUCCCAGAAGAAAGCUCUGAGGUACAGAGCAGAGGGCAUAUGACUAAAAAGCUAUAGAAGCUAGAAACCAUGUUGUGACUGGCAUAUCUUCAUUUAUUAGAGGAACAUUUGAGGUUUUUGUGAUAUACUGGAUGGUUUUAAGAUCAAUAAAUAUCUAAUUAAAGAUUCAAGGCCAGAUUAGAGUCCCAGUUCAAUUACCAGCGAGCCAAAGGUUGUAGCUGUUGAUAGAGACUGCAAAGAUCUGGGAAUGUGAAUGUACUGACAGGUCUGUUGGAGGCAGAGGUGCAUGAGAAUAACCCUUCCUUCUCCCCACAAGAUUUUCCUGUGUGCUGACUUUGUACUGUUUCUAGCAACUAAGUGGUUGAUGAGAGCAGCUUUACAUUCCAUGUAAAGCUACAUUCUUCCGUGUUGAGAGAAAUUUGUUAGAUGAAGAAAAAGGUGUCUUUCAAAGCAAUGUCUCUACUUUAGUGAGCUCAGCCCAGGAAGCCCCAGUGCUGAAAUGUUAGUUGAGGGCUUAAAGUCCCAUUGCUGGAAUCUGUUUGAAGCCAGACCUGGAUCUGUGUUUCACACACCACACGAUGUGAUUUCAGCCCACCUUAUUUCACUUCUUUGGUGCUCCUGAAUCUUAAAACCCUCCCAGUUUUGGGAAGAACUGACUCUAGCUGAUGUGAUUCUGUGCCAUCUAGGAGGUGUGGUUGAAGAACCACCUGGAUGAGGAACUCCUGGUAGGGAAGGAGAAGAGCAUGGCAGGGCAAAAGCAAUAAUGACUCAGUGCAAUACUCAGUGGAGGCAGUGACUUCUUGAGUUUAUUGAGCAGGGUCUUCCUUCAUGGGGUUGAAAUCCCUUAAAAGCUCCCAAAUGGCAUUACAACUUCUGUCUAGUGUCCUUUUUUCUGAUUACCCACAUCAUCCCUGCUGAAACUGAAUCAGUUACCAUGGAAAAGGGAAUAUCCUGAGAAAACAAUAGCACUGGUCUCCAGUGAGCCAUGGAUGAAGUGUUGUCUGUCUGCUGGAAGGUUUCUCCCUACACCUGGGUUAUUUCUGUGCCUUACACUUGCUAAAGGUAACUUGUCUCUGGAAGGUUUGUGGUGGCUAUACAGUUCUUGCUGAUUUUAACUUGGAGACUUCUGCAAGGAGAUAAUAGUUCAGAGCAUGCCAGAUUUUGACACUAUUAUUUACACUUUCAAUUUCUCUCGUGCUAGCCACUUCUCUCUUCCUAAAAAUACAGAAAGGAAAUGCACAGGGGCUUCACUGUAUUUUAACAAAUCACGUUGACUACUUUAAUGUGUGAGUUCUCUACAGGCAGAAUUCAGAACACACUUGCAGCAGCAAGGUCUCACCUCUUUCACCAGAACACAUUUACAUUUUUUGAUUUCUUUUGCCCAUGGCUUGCAACAGAACAGUUCUCCCUGGUUGUUCUUCACCUUUAUUCUGUUUUCAUGUUGGCCAAACUGCUAAUGGACUUAGUUCCCUCACACAAUUCGAGUAUCACUGGGCACUCCAGGCAACAUCAGCCAUGGCACAAUAAUGACCUAGACUAUUUUGCUGUAUUUCAACCAUGGAAGCUGUAGUAGAGGAGAUCCUGCUCAAGUUACCUGUUCCCAAAGCUACACCAAUGCAAUGAUCUCCACCCCCAGCUGGAGGGAGAUACGGGUUUUUAAACAGUGCAGAUGCAGCCUUAGUAUUGCCACCACUAUGUCUUCAGCCUUUAGAUUGCAGUGUGAGGUUGCAGGAGGGUGGAUAACCCCGGGAGAGGCAGGACUGCUGUGUGUACAGGACAGUAAGAGAUGAUGGCAAGCCUUCUGCAAUAACUCGUAAUUCCAUUGAUCAGUAGUAAACGAUGUACAGAUAAAACUUGAUGAAAUGUAUUUUAUGUGAAGAAAAAAAAAUAAUGUAAGAACUGUAUAUUGUAUUAGCAGCUUUGUGUAUAAAAUGGCAUUUUGGCAAUCAGAGUCUAAUAUAUUUAAAACUUUUUUUAAAAAAAGGAUAUUUGAUAUUGUAUGGAAUUGACUUUAUUGCUACUGUAAGUAUGAAGAUGGUUUCUUAACAUGUUGAAGCAAUGCAUAAAAUCUUAAACUUUAUGUAAAACUCAUGCCAAAAGCGUGUUUGACAGUAUUAGCACCUGACUCAGUGUCUUUAAUAGAGAUUGAAUUUUUUAAUUUAAAAAUUAUAUUAAAUUUCUUUUAAUAAU